CCUACAUGUCGCCUCCACAUAAAGGAGGUUUCUAGCAUUCAUCCACGCCUGGAGGCCAACAAUAUUCGCUUUGUUGGAAUCGGUGUGGAGCAGUUGGGGGUGGAGGACUUUGUCAAAGGAGAAUUUUUUAGUGGAGAGUUGUACAUCGACCUGAAAAAGCAGUGCUACAAAGACUUAGGAUUCAGGAGACUAAAUAUAUUCUCUGGAAUAGGGGCAUUGUUUGCAAAGACAACGAGAGAUGGUCUUGCAAAGGCUAAGGAACAGAACAUCGAUGGAAACAUGAAAGGGGACGGAUUUCAAAAUGGAGGGGCCCUUAUUGUUAAGGCUGGUGGGACAGAAGUGAUAUACAGCUAUAAGCAAGAGGAUCCCAGUAUUUAUGUUAGUCCCAAUGACAUCCUGAAGGCCCUGGGGUUAGCGGAGAACACAGAGGAAUCAAAGGUGGAGGAGGCCUCAGGAGGAGGAUGAUCUUAGUGGAUGCUUGUGUCGAGUCUCCUUAAUCAGGGAAAUACAAGGGGAUUCCACAAGCAUUGUUCUCUGUACAUUGUAGCGAUUCACAUGCAGCACCAAGUGUUGGGGAAAUGCAGGAGGGAAAGUUAAUUCUGGAUAUCUCAAAAUUCCAUAUCAGGAUCAUUGUGGUAUUUCCACUUUCAGUAUCACUGUGGUCUUUCCACUUUCAGUAUCACUGUGGUUUCCACUUUCAGAAUCACUGUGGUCUUUCCACUUUCAGUAUCAUUGUGGUCUUUCCACUUUCAGUUUUGAUAGUUCAUGGGAAUUCAUGAACUUUGUUGAAGUUUCACAAGUUUAAAAGGUUUAAUUGUAAAUAUGAAAUUAAAGCACAGUUUGGGGGGAACAAAAUCCCCCGUUUCCUUAUCUAUUUCAUACCCUUGUUAAGAAAAAAAAAAAAGACUCCAUCACAUUUUGUAGAAAGCACUAUUGGGGUAUAAACUGCAUUGCCAAUUUGAUCAGUGUAAUGCUACCUGUCCUCUAAUUGUUUAUAGGUACUGGCAUUUUCUGAAACAGAGGCACAAGCUAUGAAUCCUUUUGUGUCUUAAUAGAAAAUGUGCAUCGUUAGCUGUUUGUAUUUUUUCACAUUUUGGUGCUAGUAGUAGAUGUGUAUUAAUGAACUUUGAUGCAUGUAAUCCAUUUACAAAAUCAGGUUUUACUGUGUGAUAUUAAUACUGUUCUAUACAUUUCAUACUGAAUUUCAUGUCAGAGGAUCAUGCUUUGGAAAUUUUUUUCACUCAAUUGUUUAAUAUUUUUAAACAGCUGAAAGUUGAAAUACAUUUCCAUAUAUACAUUAGACUAAAGUUUUCAACCUUGGUAAAUGGUUGUUGAGCAAUUCAGUUUUUAAAAAUGAUCGUUUUAUAGGAAUGUAUUUUUAUGUCAGACAUAUAGUAUACACCACACUUAUAUCGCUUGGGGCCUAAUCACUAUAGAUAUAUAUACUCUUAUAUAUAUAGUAAUUAGGCCCCAAGCGAUAUAAGUGCCUGUGGUAUACACAUGUAAAUCUAUCGGGAAAUUAGAAAUCAAUACAUGGGGUACUGAUGAUAAAGGCAGAUUUGUCUGAUGAUGGACUGAUGACGUUACUGACCAGUAACCCGGAAACUGGGAGGUCAAUAAUCGAGAAAGUAUCCAUCCACAAACCUGUCCUUAUCAUCAGUAGAUGAUGUGGAGAAACAACACAUCCAGACAUCAUUUCACUUGUGUCAAUCAUGAAAUGCAGUAGUGUACAUUUUUUUCCCCAUAAAUUUGAUAUAGUAGAAUUGUAUUAUGUAUGUGCCUUAAAUAUUACAAUUUCUCAUAUUUUGUAUUCUCAUUUUCAAUAUUUAUAUUUUUUAUUAAAACUCUUGCAUAACUUUCCAUAUACACAUAAUUAUGAUCAUGAGGACAUAACAUUUUGGAAACAAAAGCACAUCAUUUAAUUCAUGAGUUGUGCAAAUAUUCAAUGUACAUGCAACUUAAUGGGAAAGUAAAUGGACGUAUGAAGUCAUAAUCUCAAACUGACUUACACGAAAGUGGUUAUGAUGGAAGGGGUUUCAUUUUGUACUUUGCCAUCAAGAUUCAUUUACAGAGAAAACAUUCCACAGAUAAAGAAAUCUCCAUUUCUUGUGUACAUUUAUUUUGUAUUGUCCUUAAACAUCUCCAGACGGGGGAAAGUUAUGCUACACAUGUAUGUAUGUAAAUAAAUAUAUGUACAUAAA